AAUUACAACUUUUGACAUUGACAGUUGAACCUAACCUAAAAGCCGGUUAAUUCGUUUUUAAUCGUUCUUGGUGGUUAAUAUAAUUUAUAACUGAGUAAUCCUGUGAUAAUCGUUUAAUAUAUAAGCGAAAAUGGUCGUCCGGAAAUAUGAAGAGGAAUUAAAAUACUUGGAGAAAAUUAAUCCGAAUUGUUGGAGAAUUAAAAAAGGGUUUCAGCCGAAUAUGAACGUCGAAGGAGUUUUUUACGUAAAUAAAACCCUAGAAAAGCUUAUGCUUGAUGAAUUACGGAAUGCGUGUAGGCCGGGAAUGGUUGGUGGAUUUUUACCAGGUGUUAAACAAAUUGCAAAUGUAGCGGCGUUGCCUGGUAUUGUUGGAAAAUCUGUUGGUUUACCAGAUAUUCAUUCAGGUUAUGGAUUUGCCAUUGGAAAUAUGGCAGCGUUUGAUAUGGAUGAUCCAAAUUCGGUUGUAUCACCAGGUGGUGUAGGUUUUGAUAUUAAUUGUGGUGUUCGUUUAUUAAGAACUAAUUUAUUUGAAGAUGAUGUAUUACCACUAAAAGAACACUUAGCUCAAAGUUUAUUCGAUCAUAUUCCAGUUGGUGUUGGUUCAAAAGGAAUAAUUCCUAUGAAUGCAAAAGAUUUAGAAGAAGCUUUAGAAAUGGGAAUGGAUUGGUCAUUAAGAGAAGGUUAUGUUUGGGCUGAAGAUAAAGAACAUUGUGAAGAAUAUGGAAGGAUGCUCAACGCUGAUCCUUCAAAAGUAAGUUUAAGAGCGAAAAAACGAGGUUUACCUCAACUUGGCACCUUGGGCGCUGGAAAUCAUUAUGCAGAAAUACAAGUUGUGGAUGAAAUUUAUGAUAAAUGGGCCGCUUGUAAAAUGGGAAUAGAAGAAAAGGGUCAAAUUUGUGUAAUGAUUCAUUCGGGUAGUCGUGGUUUUGGUCAUCAAGUCGCGACCGAUGCUUUAGUUCAAAUGGAAAAAGCCAUGAAAAGAGAUAAUAUAGAAACGAAUGAUAGGCAAUUAGCUUGUGCUAGAAUUAAUUCAACUGAAGGACAAGAUUAUUUAAAAGCGAUGGCUGCAGCUGCUAAUUUCGCUUGGGUUAAUCGAAGUUCAAUGACGUUUUUAACACGACAAGCGUUUGCUAAACAAUUUAAUACAACCCCGGAUGAUUUAGAUAUGCAUGUAAUCUACGAUGUUUCACAUAAUAUUGCUAAAAUGGAGGAACAUAUCGUUGAUGGGAAGCGAAAAACGCUUUUGGUGCAUCGAAAAGGGUCAACUAGGGCUUUUCCACCUCAUCAUCCAUUAAUUCCCGUUGAUUAUCAAUUAACCGGACAACCUGUACUUAUUGGAGGAACUAUGGGGACUUGUAGUUAUGUACUUACUGGUACUCAACAAGGAAUGUUGGAAACUUUUGGGUCUACAUGCCAUGGAGCGGGUCGUGCUUUAUCUCGAGCAAAAUCUCGCAGGAAUCUCGAUUACACAGAUGUGUUACAAAAACUAGAAGGUCAAGGUAUAUCCAUUCGUGUAGCAUCACCAAAAUUAGUCAUGGAAGAGGCCCCUGAGUCUUACAAAAACGUUACUGAUGUAGUUGAUACUUGUCAUGCAGCUGGAAUAAGCAAGAAAUGUAUUAAAUUGAGACCAAUUGCUGUUAUAAAAGGAUAAUCCUAUUAUUAUAAGAUAUUGUAUUUUUUUUUUUGGGAAUCUUUUCACUUUUUAUUAAUCAAUUAAUUGUUUUGCUUUUUACAGCUCUUUUAAAUAUCUUGCUAUAUUGUUUAAAACUUUAUUGUCGUCUCUUUUUUGAUUUAUAUUUAAUUAAUUGAAAUAAAAAUGAUUCAUAUAU